UUGAUAAUUUAGUGUAAUUCAUUUUUUCGUUUUAUAUUUUUAUAUAUUUCAUAUGAUUAAGUAGUAUUGGUCAGGUGUUCGUAUCCAUUUUUCUACUAACGUGUUGAUUAUUUUCUUAAUUGGUAAACUGUUAAGUCUUUGAAAUGGUCUAAUGUAGCUCAUAAAUAUAACCUAUCAUUUUUGUUGGUUCAAUUUAUCUCUGUUUUUAUGUGCAUUUAGACAUUUGUGUCUUAUUUAGAAUCAAAUUAUGUAUUUUUCUAAUAUUUUGUCAUUUUUAUCUUAUUGUGGACUGGUAUAUGCUGAAUAUGAAGAAAAUAUACACAUAGACGAUAGUAAAUUUGGACCACUGGAAGCCCCAGAUUCACCAAAAAAUCUUUCUACUAUACCACAAGUAACUGAUUUUUCUGAUAUCCUAGCAAUAAGCAAUGCUAUUAAAAACUUUCAGAAAAAGUUGGAAAAAGAGCAUAACUACCUGCCAACUAUGCAAGCUUAUUUAACUACUAGUACUGCCAGUAAUGGUGGAAAAGACUUCAAAUUCAGUUCCUUUUUGUCAUCUGUUCUUUACGCAGAACUAAUUACUGAUAAUACAAAUACCAGUUUACCAUCAAUAAAUGAACCAUUAGCUAAUGUUACAGUUGCUAACAAUUCAAGGAUUGUAAAUUGUACUGGUUUUGUACCAUUAAAUCAGACUGAAGUUUCUGUUGAGGUUGUUAAUUCAACUCGACUUGGUUAUGUCUUAAAAUCUGAUCCUGAAAUAAAUAAUCGUCAAAUGCCAGCAGUUUGUUCAUUGGUUUUAUUUUAUGCUAGAUCAUGUCAAUUUAGCAUUUUAGCUGCUCCUCAUUUCAAUGUACUACCAAGAAUAUUUCCUCAAAUUAAAAUGGUAGCAUUUAAUGCUAUAUCAGAACAAAGGUAUAACACAAUGUAUGGAAUAAUUGGUGUGCCAUCAUUAGUUCUGUUCCACAAUGGCAAACCAAUUGCUAAAUACAAUGGUUCCGACUAUUCACUUUAUGAGUUUACCAAAUUUGUUAUUAGACAUACAGAUCUCCCUCCUAAAGAAAAAGUGGAAAUUUCUGUAGCUGAUUUCGUGAAGCCUGUUCCUGGAUUUGGAAAUCAUGAUUAUGACUACUCUCUUUGGUUGGCCUGGUUUGUUAUUAUAUUUUGGACGCUAUAUUAUGUUAGGACAAUGAAUUUCUGGAGAAAAUGUGUUGAAGACAUUAAGAAUAUUUGGCGUGAAGCUGAAGCACAACAUGAACAUGCUGAUUGAAUCUGUAUAAAUAUUUCCUAUGUAAAAUUAAUAUUUUGUACAUGUUUAAAUUUAAGUUUCUUUUUUUUUUAUGUAUCAAUUCUUAUUAGUUACAAUUUCUAUGAUAAUAGUUAUAACUUUUAAGUAAUUUGAGAAAUUAAAUGUAUCUUUUUAUUA